AUGUUAGAAAGCGAAGAAGUAAUGGAAGUGGAAGAAAAUAGUGGUUUAGGUAAUAAUAAUAAUACUUCUAGUUCUGUUACAGUUUCUUUGUCAGGAAGUGGCACUAUCACUGGCACCGGACAAACGACUGUACAAGGCGAUACUAGAAACAGUGGUUAUUCUAUAAGAAAAUCUUAUGGGAGUCGACAUGCGGGAUAUGGUAGUAAUAGUAAUGCACAAAGAGCUGUCUUUGACGGUAAAAGAAUGAGAAAAGCUAUUCAGAGGAGAACAGUUGAUUUCAAUUGUUCUAUUGGUAAAUUUUUGCAGGAUCGAAUUUGGAUAAGAGAUCAAAGAGAUAUGAAAUUUCUGCGGCCAAAACCAAAUUUUAUUAUAGAUCUUCUUCCACCAUCUGCAUAUUUACAUAACCCAGUAAAUGCAGUCGCGACUAAAUAUGUUCACACGUCAACAAAUAAAAAUCGAUAUCCUGUCAAUGUUGUCCGAUGGACGCCUGAAGGCAGACGCCUGAUUACAGGAUUAUCAAGCGGAGAGUUUACGUUAUGGAAUGGAUUAACAUUCAACUUUGAGACUAUUUUACAGGCUCAUGAAUCAGCAGUUCGAACGAUGAAGUGGUCCCACAACGAUAACUGGAUGGUAACAGCUGAUCAUAAAGGUGUCAUAAAGUAUUGGCAAUCCAACAUGAAUAAUUUGAAGAUGAUUGAAGGUCAUAAAGAAGCAAUUCGAGAUUUGUCUUUUGCUCCUACUGAUACAAAAUUUGCAACUUGUUCGGAUGAUGGAACUAUUAAAAUAUGGGACUUUAAUGAGGGUGUUGAAGAAAGAGUAUUAUCUGGUCAUGGAUGGGAUGUUAAAGCUGUUGAUUGGCACCCACAUAAAUCGCUUUUAGCAUCUGGAUCUAAAGAUAAUUUAAUCAAAUUUUGGGAUCCUAAAUCGGGAAAGAGUGUCUAUACACUACAUGGGCAUAAAAAUACAAUUCUUGGAUUGCAAUGGAAUAGAAAUGGAAAUUGGUUAGGGACAGCAGCUAGAGAUCAAUUAGUUAAAAUAUAUGAUAUUAGAAUGAUGAAAGAUUUACAAACAUUUCGUGGGCAUAAUAAGGAAGUUUGUUUUCCAACGGCUAUAUCAUGGCAUCCAUUUCACGAAAGAUUAUUAUCAACUGGUGGUUCAGAUGGAUGCUUAAUGUUCUGGAUUGUUGGCCAAGAUACUUUGGUGGAAGCUGUGGAAUUCGCCCAUGAUCAAAAUGUUUGGUCACUUGAUUGGCAUCCACUUGGCCAUAUCUUGGUCUCGGGGUCAAAUGAUCAUUCAACAAGAUUUUGGACAAGAGCACGCCCUGGAGAUACGGUUCAAGAUAAGUAUCAUGUGGGUAGACAGAAAGCUGAAGAACUCGGAUUAAAAGAUGUAGAUAGUGAUGAAGAUGAUGAUCCUGUUCCAGGUUUAACAUUCUUUAAUGGUGGCUUGAUGAGCGGCUUUCUUCCGGUUCCUAUGAAUCCUCAUCCUGCAGUUAGAACAGAUUUUGUACAAACAUCACAGCCAUUAGUACAAAUGGAUCAAAAUCAAGAUCUCACACCACCUAGACCAAUGGAUAUUGGAGGUGAUCUUUCUUAUGUAUCUACAAGUAGUGUCAACGUCGAAGAUGUACCUGGACUUGGAAUGUUACGUAGUAAUAUACCAUCAAAUCCUUCACCACAACUGCGCCCUCAAUGGGCAACACAGAAUACUGGACCUACACCAAGACCUGGUGUACAACAGCAAGGUCAACGUUGGGGUGGGCAAGGAGGUGGAGGAUACCAACAACAACACAAUCAAAGACGAUGGAAAUGA